AUGGCGACAUUAAAACUAAAAGAACGGCAACCCGCCGAGGAAAUCGAGAGCUGGGAUGACGAUGGCGACUUCCUUCUGGACGGCGACGACCUGAGCAGGCGCACGUCCACCAACUUUAGUGGCGCGCCGAUCCGCCGUCGAGACUCUACCUCGUCUCAUGUAUCGUUUCGAUCCGAAAUCGAGUCGAUGCAAGGAGAUGAACAGCAAUUCCAUAUACCUGGCGAUGACGAAACCUCGACCAUGGAUGCCAUCGCCGCCGCUCAACAUGCUGGCAUCCCUCUGCCCCAGAACGUGCCCACGUCGGCACUCAUGGGAGGAACCAUCAAGCGUCUAGGAGGACGCAAAAUCCAAAAAAUUAUCCAAGACGACUGGGAGAAUGACUUGGAAAUCCCUGAGUUUUCCAAGGGUCUCGCUAUUAAGCCUAAGGAAGCGGUUGACUUUCCGGAUACCCUUCGGCAAGUCAGUGCUGGCUCUCUUGUUGACAGCCCAACGCGUCUCAGGAAAUCACCAACGGCAACUAGCGCUCCAUCCGCUCCGGCUCAACCGGCGUCUACCUCAGCCGUCCGGUCUGCGACGAGCGCGCUCACCUCAGCCAUCAACUUGGACAAGUUCAAAGACGCUGACGACGACGACUUCUUUGGCGAAGGCCCGGCUACCGUUCGCGCAAGCAGCAUCCCCCGGGGCCGACAGCAGGUCAAUCCUGUGUCAUUCAUCACACCGCCAACGCCACAAAAGAAGGACAGUGCAAAGACAGCCGACGAUGACUUCGAAGAUGACCUGGAGCUGCCAUCGGAUGGCAAGCUGACGCUUUCAACUAGAAGAGAUAUCCCCGCCACGCCGUUGCAGGUCGAUGACUUGGACUGGGGAGAAGGAAGCCUGGGCACUCGCUGGGGCGGCACUCGACGCGAUGGACGAUCAAAUAGGAGUUCCUCUGCAUCUGCGCUCAGCCCUAGCAUUUCUAGUUCGGUCACUGCGGAGAGUGAAGACGAGACUUUUGAUGGCCUCUUGCUCCCCGCCGGCCCCCUCAACUUAAAGGAGCGACUCCAACACCGCAAGAACAGCCCCUCCCCUUCAAGAUUAAUUGUCGAUACACAAAUUGCUAGUGCCACGACUACCUCAAGCAAACCACAUGUGGAACCUGAACGUCAGGAUCCUCUUGAUGGCUUAGACAUCGGUGAUGGGGAUGUAUUCGAGUCCACCAAGCUAUCAUUGCACAGAAACAUCAAAAUCAAGGAAUUGCAACCCGCGAGUCCCGCGCGACCGAAGACUGCGGUGUCGUUGACGUUUACCAAUAAGUCUGGCACAACCACCCGUCUACCCCGUCUCAGUCAUGAGCGUUCACGUUCUACUGCGCUGGAACCUGUGUCAGAGAGCGGUGGUCCUAUCCAGCAAAGGAGCCGUCGACCGCAAUCGCGCCUCGGUCAUUCUGCACAGUCAUCCGUGGUCAGCGUACCGACGCCCACGACUCUGCAUGCUCCUCCCUUCCCACCAUCCACACCGCGCCGGAGAGAAGUUUCUACUAGGUCAUCGUUCACUACUCUCCGCAACGAUACUGCAUCGACGACAAAUGCCCAGCUUUUACGCCAGAAGCGAUCUAUGCCUGCUGUUCGUCAAGCAAACUCGCCCAUGAAGCCCCCGACUACACGUUCGUCGGAUCGACCGCCAUCUAGGGAUAACAACCGGUCUCAAUCAGGCCUCCGACCGAAAACGCCGGUAGAACGCAUUCGCCAGCAGGAAAGCCCAACAUCACACUCAAAAAAGACACCCAUGCCUUUCUUGCCUGCGGGGAGCUCACAAAAUACAUCGCAUCAUGUGACGUCCAAGGGGAUGAGGCAGUUUCGGCGAUGGGAUUCUGAGAAUGGCAUUGACACUCGAUCCAUCUCUCGCACGUUCUCAAGGUCGGGGAUGCGCUCGCCAAGCCCUCAGCGCUUUAGAGUCGCCGCUGAUACUUGGGAGAGGCUUAGUAAACCCAAGAACAAGCGCAACUUUGGUGAUGGGCAUGAGCUGGAUGGAUUCGAUGAUCUUCCAACGUCAAAAGAAGCCGAGACUCGCUUUUUGCGGCAGCCGAAUGCGACUGGCCUGAAAUCUGCUCUGAAGAACAAGACAUAUCAGAGCCUGAUUCCCGACCGCAUUGGUACGCCGGCGCCUCAAUCUCCUGCCAGGCCCUUGUCAGGCACUCCACGCUUUGCGCGGGAUACCGCAGCAAGUCGUAUUGCCCGUGAGACGUCUCUAGCCAAUCGAGUGCCUGCAAAUGGGCCUCUGGCUACCAUCUCCGCGCAACGCGGCACAAAUCAGCCUCCGCGAUCCACUCCCAACCCUCAAUUGCCUUCACAACACAUUAUUCGACCAAAGAAGCCUUCUAAGCGCGUGCAACAGCAAAAGCCGCACUUGAUUGCAAACUUGAACAGCGGAAAGGAAUCGAAGACUGUCAAUGGCAUGUACUACAAUGCCGAGACGUUUCGAUGGGAGGGUAAUGAGAAUGCGUUGAGUGCUUUUGACCACACUUCAACUCAAUCGCCGGCGCCGUCUCCCGCCCACCUCGCGCGAGAGAAGGACUUGCUAACUCCCCGGCCGGCCCUCAUCACAAACAUCAGCUCCACCAAAGGCGUUCAAGUUGUCGGCGGCAUGGUGUUUGAUCCGCAGAACAUGUGCUGGCUCAAAAUUGGCCAGCAAAACAACCCGGCGUCAGAGACGAGCGACACCAUGGACGGGUUCAAUGCUCUGGACGACGAAGAGGAUGUCUUUAAAGACAUUCCCGAUCUUGAUGAUCAUGGCGCUGACGAGACGCGGGGACAGGGCCGAGUCAGUGACAUCAAGGAUGAGUGGCUUGUUGGAGAAGAAUUUGAUGUCGGCCCCGAGUUUAUUAGGAGACAGCGUGAAGAGGAGGAGCGUUGGAGACGAAAGUGUGAGAAGUGGAUUGGUCGCGGAUCGCGAGAUCGCGACACAUGGAGGUGGACGAUUCGCGAGCUGGUUUCUCAGUUUGACGACUUGUCUGUUUAA